ACCCAGACAACCAGAAUGAACUUCUCGAAGUUCUUAUCAAAACUACUCUCGUCGAGAUUAUUGAAAUCAAUCUUGCUCUCGAAGUAGAGAUAAUUACAGAAAUAGAAGUCGGUACAAGGCAGAAACCAUUAUAG